AUGGGCAAAUCGGAAAGCCAAAUGGACAUCAUGGAAAAAUCGAGUAAACCUGGCAAACGUGGAUGGACGGUGGUCGAAAUCGGUCUGUGUGUGCUCCUGCUUGUGGUCAGCUGCGCCCUGGGUGGCCUCGUGGUCCUCUAUACAUCUGCCCUGAAAGAACAAUUCCAGCGUGCGACCGUGCCUCUGAAAUCAGCCGACAAGGGAGGUCAACUAUUUCGCUCCAACCUGGAAAACGUGUGCACUACCGCAGACUGUGUCACAGCAGCGUCUCGACUCAUUCAGAACAUGGACGCGUCGGUGGAGCCCUGUGAUAACUUUUAUCAGUAUGCCUGCGGGGGCUGGCUGGAGCGGCACGUCAUCCCUGAGACUAGCUCACGUCAUAGCGUCUUUGACCUCCUCAGGGACAAACUGGAGGUUGUGCUCAAAGGGGCUCUCGAAACAGAGAGCGAAGAUGACAGAGAUGCCAUCAAAAAGGCCAAAAUUCUUUACAGCUCCUGCUUGAAUGAACACGUCAUUGAACAGCGUGAUUCGAAGCCACUGAUGAGGCUCAUCAACGUUAUCGGCGACUGGCCUGUGGCUUCUGAUGAUUGGAACGCCACCUCUGGUAAGAGAAAACCUGCAAACUAAGAAUGGAGCCUCGAGGACAUUCUUGUUACGAUGACUGCUCGCUUUCACAAGAAGGUUCUUGUGGAUAUGUACGUGUGGACCGACGACAGAGAUUCUCAGCGACAUAUCCUUUACAUUGAUCAACCAGGACUUGGGAUGCCAUCUAGAGAUUAUUAUUUUAAUGAUGGAAACUACAAAAAGGUUCGAGAGGCCUACCUCCACUUCAUGGUCACCAUUGCCAAGAUGACUCGGGAGGACAGGAACCUGACACAGGAUGAUGAGCGUGUGUGGGAGGAAAUGUUGCAAGUGAUGGAGCUGGAGACAGACAUCGCUAAUGCGACAUUGCCGGCUGAGGAGCGCCAGGACGUUACCGCCCUUUACAACAAGAUGACACUGAAUGAGCUGCAGAACACAUUCAGCUUGAACGGUUUUAAUUGGACACGGUUUAUUCGAGGUGUCCUCGCCACUGUGUCCCUCAAUGUAGAGCUUGAAGAGGAAGUGGUUGUGUAUGGCUUACCCUACCUGGAAAAGAUGAACGAAGUCCUCUCCAAACACAGUGUUCGGACCAUGCAGAAUUAUCUCACCUGGCAGCUGAUCAUCAACCAAGUUAAAACCUUGAGUCGUCGUUUCAAAGAUGCCAGGGCCCGUUACAGGAAGGCUCUGUUUGGGACCACACUGGAAGAUGCCUGGUGGCGAGAGUGUGUCCGUUACGUCCAGACCACCAUGGAGAAUGCUGUUGGAGCGCUCUAUGUACGUGCGACUUUUGCCGGAGAAAGCAAAAAAAUGGUUAGCGAUCUUAUUGGGAAGAUCCAGACUGCGUAUGUAGAAACACUUGAGGAACUAAGCUGGAUGGAUACGCCCUCCAAGGAAAAGGCCAGAGAGAAGGCCUUGGCCAUCAAAGAGCAUAUUGGCUAUCCAGAUCACAUUCUGGAGAAGAGUAACCAAAAGCUAGACCAAGAGUAUGCUCAUUUGAAUUUUACUAAGGAGCACUACUUUGAGAACAUCCUGGAGAAUCUCAAGUCCGAGUCCCACAAGAGUCUGAAGAGGCUUAGGGAGCCGGUGGACCCCAACAUGUGGAUCAUCGGUCCUGCCGUGGUUAAUGCGUUUUACUCUUCAAACAGAAACCAGAUCGUGUUUCCAGCUGGCAUCCUGCAGCCACCAUUCUUUAGUGAACAUCAACAGCAAGCUCUGAACUUUGGUGGAAUCGGAAUGGUCAUCGGCCAUGAGAUCACCCAUGGAUUUGAUGACAAUGGGAGAAAUUUCGACAAGGAUGGCAACAUGCUGAACUGGUGGAGCAAUUAUUCUGCGGAGCAUUUCAAGGAGCAGUCACAGUGCAUGGUGCAACAGUAUAGCAAAUUCAGCUGGAAACUCGCGGGUGGUCAAAAUGUGAGCGGAAUUGGCACUUUAGGGGAAAACAUUGCAGACAAUGGAGGAGUUCGCCAAGCCUACAAGGCUUACUUAAAGUGGGUGGAGACAAACGGGGAAGAGCCUCGUCUGCCCGGUCUAGACUUGGAUCACAAACAGCUGUUUUUUCUUAAUUUUGCCCAAGUUUGGUGCGGUGCUUAUCGGCCAGAAUUUGCCAGCCAGACCAUUAAAACAGAUUCCCACAGCCCAUUACAAUACAGGGUUCUUGGUUCGCUCCAGAAUUUUGAAGCUUUUUCAGAAGCAUUCCAGUGCCAAAAAGGCAGUCCGAUGAAUCCAGAGCAGAAGUGCCGCGUGUGGUAG